AUGAGUGCUUUGGGGGCCGGAAGUCAUCAGCGUCCAGAGUGCAGGGUCCGAAUAUGAGAACAAGAAAUCAUCAGGUUUGAUUUAGAAAUAAAAGCUCUCGUUCAGGAUGUCAGUGAAUGGACAGGAGCACAACUCAAACUGGCAGUUCAGUUGAAAGAAAAAUUCAACAAUCUUAGACAACGGAUUCAGGAUCUGGAGCAAAUGGGAAAAGAACAGGACAAAGAGUCUGAGAUACUCAAUAAAGCAGAAGGACAUCAGAAACAGAUGCUUAGUAGUAAGACCGCUUGGAGGAAGGCCAGUCUCGCCUGUAAACUCUCCAUUGAUUGGCUGGAGAAGGAUGAUUUGUUAAAUUCAGAGGACAUGUGGAUAAGACACAGAAAGAUGAGCAAAGAAAGCCUCACUCAGACCUCAGAGAGUCUGAUGAGCAUCAGCCGGAUGAUGGCACAGCAGGUCCAGCAGAGCGAGGAGACUAUGAGCACAUUAGUUGGGGGUCUGGCAAGUUUUCCAUUUUAUCUGAGUCUGCAUGCUUGGAAAUUAAUAUUUUAUCAUUCGUUCAACUCCUGUAGCGACGUCUUCCAGGCCUGUGUUGGAAACCCAUGAAGAGUUUAAAGCCAUGACAGGAACUAUACAGCUGGGCAGAAAGCUGAUCAUUAUAUACAAUGGCAAGAUGGCAUGUGAUGUGUUACUGUUGACUGAACAAACUAUUAAAGCAACAACUCAUUUGUGUUA